AUGAAAUUAUUAUAUUUGUUAAUUUUGUUAAUUAUUUUAAUUUGUUUAUCUUUGCCGACAUUUACCCUUACAAUAAAUGAAACAUUGCAAUGGAGUAAUCAUAGUAAAAAUUAUGACAAUGAGAUGAAUAUUUGUCGGCGAAUAUUAUUUAAAACAGAUGAUAAAAUAUUCACAUUGCUAGCAUUUCCAAGUUUAUUUAUUUCAUUUAAUCUUAUCAUCUUAUCAUCGUAUUUAUUUGCUAUUACAAUGACAGAAGUACGAAAUGCUUUAUUAGAAACGGAAGAUAUUACACUUCAAAUAAUGGAUUCUAUAUUAGUUUGUUUAUUACCAACAAAUAUUAUGAAACGAAUUUGUUCAAAUGAUACUAAAAAUAUGCGUUAUAAAAAAAGUAUAUGA